UUUUGGUUGUUGUCUGCUACUCUACACAGAAAAUGGCGACAACGACUGCAGCUGGCUCGUCGCUCGUGACGUUCGGGCGCAAGCGGUUCAAUCCAGAGACGCUCGGCCUGCCUGCCGACUGGCGCCUGACCAAGUUCACCCAGCUCAAGGGCUGUGGAUGCAAGGUGCCCCAGAAAGACCUGCUCAAGCUGCUCGAAGUCUUCCGAGCGAACUCGAACAACGCCGUGGCUGGUUCAGAACAACAAAUCGCCGCGCCAACUCCGACGAGUGGUGGUGCUGCAGUGCCGGCGUCGUCCAUCCCGGCGGCAAUCACUGCAGAUGGAACCAUCGGUGUUGGUCUCGACAGCUGUGUCACCGAGACGCGGCAUCCGGGUCUGUAUCUCGUCCAGACCACCGACUUCUUCUUCCCGCUCAUUGAGGAUCCUUACCAAAUGGGUCGAAUUGCGUGCGCCAAUGUUUUGAGCGAUUUGUACGCAAUGGGCGUGUCCGAGUGCGAUAACAUGCUCAUGCUGCUCGGUGUAAGCACCACGUUGACGCCAGAGGAAUCUGUCAUUGUCACGCCGCUUGUCAUGAAAGGCUUUCACGACCUGUGCCAAGAGGCCGGAACCAACGUGCUUGGCGGGCAAACGGUCAAAAAUCCCUGGUUUUUGCUCGGCGGCGUCGCCACAUCUGUUGUCGGUCGUCAUGAAAUGAUCAUGCCAGAUGGCGCAAAAAGCGGCGACGUCCUCGUGCUCACCAAGCCGCUUGGAAAUCAACUGGCCGUCAAUGCCCACCAGUGGAUGCUGACAGAUCCCGAACGAUACAAGCGCCUGGACGGCGUUCUCACGAACGAGCAGGUUAUCGAAGCCUACGAACAUGCCAUUACGAACAUGACACGUCUGAGCCGCGUGGCCGCCCGCCUGAUGCGAGAAUUCGGUGCUCACGCUGCCACGGAUGUGACUGGUUUUGGAAUUCUGGGUCACGCCCGGAACCUUGCUCGUAGUCAGAAGGACAGCGUCAAUUUUGAAAUUGAUGUCUUCCCAGUGCUGCGCCACAUGAUUGCCAUGGAGCGCGCCACCCCCGUCUUCCAUCUGCUGGAGGGCACUUCAGCCGAGACGUCCGGUGGACUUCUCAUUGCGCUGGGUCCCUCGCCAGAUGGCAAACUUGAUGCGCGAGCAAACGCCCAGCGCUAUUGCGACGAGCUGGCCCGCCAGGAUCGUGGCUUCCAAGCCUAUAUCAUUGGCCGUGUAGUUGAAGGAUCCCGCGAUGCUGUUCUGUCUCCGAAUCUGCAAAUCAUCGAGGUUGAUGCACCCAUUCUUACGGUGUAAUUGCAUGUUUGAAAAAAAACAAACGAAAAAUUCAUUAUUGU